AUGCAGGACGACCUUGAGAAGUGGAUUACAAGUUCACUUGAAAGUCGUGAUGUAGAACCGCAACCGGACAUCAUAGCUAAACGGGACCUAAUUGCAAAUGAGAUUCUACCGGAUUUAAUCGAUAAUAUGGCUAAGGCUGCUGGUGCUCCCUCGACUUCUAUUAUCAAUGCGUCAAGGUUCAAGAUUUUCACUCCCCGGAGGGAAAAUGCCCCUUCUAUUGCGAAGGCAAUUAGGCUGAUUGACCGUGGACUAGGCGAGCUUUAUAUAAAAGUCAAUGGACCGCAUUGGCUGGAGCAUAAAGUGGAAGAGGCCACAGAGUCAGGGUUGAUCUACCUAGCUGUGGAGGAUGAGGCUUUAGGUGAAUUGAGGGGAUUUGUCUCUUUCAUGCAUGAUCUAGACAAUAGUCUACCUGUAUUGUACUUGUACGAGAUACAUGUGGCUGAGCAAUUUCGUAACUUGCAACUUGGCUCUCAGCUUCUGACUUUAUUUCAUACAGUUGGUGAAAGGAUUGUCAGGGAUUGGAAGAGUUCAAUUUCCUUAGUAGCCACCUCCUUAACGGUAUUCUCAGAUAAUACUAGAGCUCUUUCUUGGUACAAGAAACAGGGCUACAAAAUAGCUGAUCACUCACCUCAAGACAGGCAACUGAGGAACCUGACACGGAAACCCCAAUACUACAUCUUGAUCCGAUGGCUAGUGAGAGCAGGUGAAUGA